CAAAAAAAAAAAUGAUUAAACUACCGGAAGAAACUAAUUAAUUAAACUCAGACUCACCCCAGAAAUCAGUUACCAUCUUCCUAAUUGGAUGAACAACUUUACAGUCACUCAAAAUCUACAUUAAAAAUGGAAGACAAUUCAAAGAAAGGAUUAAAAGGGACUGGUCUAGACCUACCACUGAAUCGCCAUGGCAAUUUAAAGAGUGCUUCAAGUGAUGAAAAUUUCCUUCAAAUUCUUUAUCAAAUUAAAACUUCCAAGACUCCUGCUGUUAUCAAUUAUGGAGCUUCAUGGUGUAGAGUGUGUAGCCAGAUUCUCCCGGCGUUUUGUCUGCUGAGCAACAAGUUUCCGAAGCUUUCUUUCGUAUACGCAGACAUUGAUGAAUGCCCGGAAACAACGCAGCAGAUUCGUUAUACGCCCACAUUUCAGUUUUAUCGCGAUGGUGAACGGGUAGAUGAAAUGUAUGGUGCUGGUGAAGAGCGGCUUCAUGAUCGUUUGUGGCUGCAUUCCUGAAAUUGGAUGCUUUUAUUGACAUUUUUUGGUAUGCAUGGACUGGUUGAUUAUUGUCCUGCUAUCAUCCAUUUAUGUAAAAUCACAACUCUUAUAUCUUAUAUUUAAUGAGUUCCAAUUAUCACAAA